AAACCAUUCAAUUCAGUCGCUGUAGAUUUUUCAAUGGGAAUAGAUGUGCGUGGAUUGGGAAUAUUUUUUGCCUUGUACAUGUAGGAUUAAUGCUCUUUUGGCCAAAUUUUACUCGCAUCUUUUUUCGGGGGAUAUUCAACUUCAUAGUAAGCGGAAAAGAAUUUUUCAAUGUCCGUUCAUGUGCUUUUAAAGUGGCUUAAGUAGUUGGAAAGAAUCUAUAUUUUGAGUGAAAAAAUGUGGGUGGUUAGCAAUUUCAUUUAUUGUUGGAAAUCUUUUUCUUGAUGGACACAUUGAAAGUGAAGUUUCGAAUUUUUCCACCAUUUCAUAUAUUUUACGUGAGAUUAACAGUGAGAUGGAGAAAAAUUUAAAGAUCAGAGAAUUUUUUGAAGAAAUACCGUGAAUUAAUAAUGCAAUAGAAAAAUGAAAUUCCUGUUGAAAUUAAAUUAUUUACUACUCCUCCUCCUCCAACAAUCCACGGUGAAUGGGCUUUUGGAUGGUGUUAAUAGUGCUAUUUUUGGUCUACUCUCACCAAUAGAAGUUGUGGAAGAAUGGGGAUGUCAUGAUUCAGCUAUACGGUUGACGUGUAAUGACCACCACUCAACAAUUGCUAUUCUUGAAGCAACCUUCACUCCCAAUUGCACAGACAACAAAAUUAACUGCCCAUUUUUUGAUUCCAAGGGACGAAUUGUGAGGGCCUUUUUGCAACCACGCCACGACUAUCGACUAGAAGAGACAGAAGCUGGCCGGCGAUUUUUAGAGACACUCCGGAGAUCACAUGAAAAUCAAGAGGAUGCUGUUUACGAUGAUGAUGUGGAAAUGUAUGAGAAUGAGGAAGUGGGGUUGAAGGUGGGUGCCAGUCGAGAUGACACGGUGUUACUGAAAGAGAACCUCGAGAAAAUGUUGGUGGAAUAUCUGAAGAGAUUGACCGGGGAAGACUUUGAUGGAGAAGUUGAUGAUGAUAUUUCACGACAGCGUCGAUAUCUCGUAGCCGGAAAUACCACAUCAUUGUCACAAAUGACGAUGAUGAUGGACGAAAAUGUGAUUAGUGGCUUCAAUUUAACGGACGACGUUGAACUAAUUGAUAGUGAUGUUAAUGGGGAUGAUGCGAAGGUGCAAAGAGUACAAAUUGGUGCUAGAAAUAUAACAGUGAAUGAAAGUGUUGCUGAUCCACUAAGACGAUGGAAGCCACGAAAGUGGCAAGGUGAGAGGGUUCAGUGUAGCGAAAGGAGACACAGAAUCACGCGUCUAGAUCGCAUUGAGUUGGAUAAGGCUGUGCAAAAUGAAACAGAGCAUGAGUACAACAUCAGGAGGAUUCUCAACCACAGAUGCUCUGGAAGAAAUCAUUGUAGCUUUGUAUUUGCUGCAGAUCAUCCUUAUAGAAUUAUUUGGGACAGUGGUAUCGUGAGGAUCAAAUAUGCCUGCAUGGAUGAUUUCCGUGUGACUAAAUUCUGCGGAGAUCACUUAGCUAUUGGAAAUGAGAUCAACGUGAGUGAUGAUUACGAUAAAAAAGGCGAACCUAUAGCUGAAGCCAGAAUUUCAAUUGAUCAACAAUUUCAUCAAUUCACAAACCUUAAGAUACUCAAAGAAGUACCAGCCACUUUGUCUCCUGAUAAUGCAAGGAAACACCACAUUUAUUCCCAGGAUUUUCGAAAAUUAAAAAUAUUGCCGAAAGACGUGGACGAAUUUAACGACAUUGAAAAGAUAGGUGAUGAAUUUUACUUCCGGAAGGAUGAAGGAAGUGACUUAGCAACCGAACCACCGACCAUGAGUCCUUCGGAAAACAAUGAGAACGAUCUAGAAGCGGAAAGAGAUAAGGAAGAAAACUUGGUGACCAAUCUAGUCGAGCCAACGUCCACUUUUGGUCGUACAAAUAGUACAAUUAGAGAUAGCUUAGACUUAGACAGUAGGAUAGAUUAUGCAAUUGACACAGAAAAAACACAAAGUCCGAUAAGUGAUACAACAAAAGUCGAAGAUGCAGAGUCUGUGGAUACUACAAGAUCACAAUUGUGGGACAUAAUAAGAAGAAGCACGACUAGAGCACUUCCUACUGAGGGAUCAAAUACUUUUGGCGUGGAUUUCAGUGAAAUUGAGUCAACUUUAGCAAGCCUUGGGGAAAAUUUUACUGAGAUGGGUGGUUCGACAGAAAAAUCUGUGAUAGUUACCAAAUACAAAACAAGAGUACAGGAGGAAGAUAGUAGUGAGGAGGAUGAUUACUAUUUUGACGAGUAUGACUACAUAACUGGGCAUAGGAACACUGGAAGAAGAAAAUAUAAAAGUGUCCAGAGAACAGCUCUUAAGACCGCACUUAUACAAGGAUUCGCUAUGACACCCGGUUACCCCAAAUUCUAUGUUGGUGAAUGUGAUUGCAAGUGGACGAUAACAGCUCCGGAGGGACAGAAAAUUCGCCUAACAAUGCUAGAUAUAUCCCUAAGAUUCGAUAAUCCUUGCCGAGAUUACAUUGUAGUCAAGGAAUCUGCCCUGAAUCGUAUUCUCUUCAGUAGUUGCACUGAGCUUCUUCGUCCUAGGCUUGUGAUAAGUGACUCAAAUCAACUUGAGAUAACCGUUAAAUCUACGAGUAAGUUGGCUUAUCCCAAGAGAGGUGUACUUAUUCAUUACACUGCUGUUGGUUGUCUUACUCCGGACACCCCACCAAAUGUUCGACUUGUGGAGAGGAGUGAAGAGGUCGCAAAAUUCAUCUGUGAUCCAUCCUUCACACUCGUGUUUCCUGAUACAGCUGUUCAUAGUCGCGUCUUGAAGUGCACAGAGCGUCACACGUGGAACGACUCACUGCCCGAUUGCAUUGAUAAGGCAGAAACUAUAGGAAGUGGACUUGUGUUACCGUACAACGUGAGAAGAGCAGCCCCAAUCAACAUGGAGGACAAGGCAGAUAUGAUUUAUGAUAUUCUAAUUCCAUCAUUCAUUAUUGCCGGCCUCUUUAUCAUCAAUGCCAUAGUUUUUCUUGUGAUUAUGCGUUAUCGCAAUAAGAGGAGGGAUCGCUACGAAGAUGAUUCAAAAGAAAUGGUUGACCUUUAAACGAUGAAAGGAAGAAAGUAAAAAUGAAUGUAAAAUUGAUCAAAAAUUAACAGCAUAAAGCCAAAGACUUAUACAAAUGAUAAACGACACUCCUUUAAGAUGGCCAUCACAGAGAAUUUUCUUAUUUUUUAACAAUAAGACAAACAAACAUUUUUAUACCAGACUAUCUUCCGACUAUCAAAAUAGUAGUUGAAAAUAUUUAAAAAAAAAUCACCUAAUAUUGGAGGUUUUAUUUUAAUGUACAGAACAGAGAUUUAUGAUUGAAAGAAAUGUAAAAGUAAAAAAUCUUUAAACCAUAUCAUAUCUCUAAAAGUAGACAAAGAAUGAUGUCAUAUUCAAAUGUUUUUAGAGCAGUAUUUUACGUCGUUGAACCCAACAUAAAUCUCCAGUUUAUAUUUGAAAUAGAUAUCGUUACAAAAUGAAAAUAAAAUCUUCCAAAAAAGCUUUAGAUGCUAAAUAGAUUGAAAAUGAAUCAGCCACACCUUUCUCCUUCAUUUCGGUUUAGAGACAAAAACAACAAUUAACACAGCUUUGUAAGAAAAAAUAAAUAAAACAGCCAAGUGUAAAAAAAAAGUUAUUGUGUAAUUCUAAAAUAAAGGAAAAGAAUAUGUGUCUGAAAA